GUUGUGUAUGAUGAUAUAAUGUGUAUACUUCAGUCAGACUAUUGUUGUGUAUGAUGAUAUAAUGUGUAUACUCCAGUCAGACUAUUGUUGUGUAUGAUGAUAUAAUGUGUAUACUCCAGUCAGACUAUUGUUGUGUAUGAUGAUAUAAUGUGUAUACUCCAGUCGGACUAUUUCGUUUACUAAGCUACAGAGAAUAAAAAACAUUAAAGCCACCAAACGACAGUUAAAAUACUCAAUGUAAUUUUGAGCUGUAAAUAAUUUCUACCUAUUCUUACAAAGACGACAUUUAUCUCAGCUAAUUUUUGGAAAUCAUAUCAACUAAUGUCGUCUUUAUUUUUACAUUUGACACUUGUGACGUUGUGCGCAGUUGGUCGAAUUUUCUGUUGCCAUCUAUUGUACUUGACAAUCUAUUUGCGUACGAGUAUGUUUUCCGUGAAUUUAUCCUCAUAGAGAAUAAACAGAAUUUGUUUAUAUAUUCUUAGUUUAGGACAGAGCAGAGAAGAGUCUAGUUGUAAACAUUACUUUCCUAGGAGGGAAAGUUUUAAGAAAGUUUAUUUUGAAAAAAUACAGUUAAUAAAGAGAAUACAAAGUAAAACUACAAAUCUAGUUAAUGUAGAGAAUACAAAGUAAAACUACAAAUCUAGCUAAUAUAGAGAAUACAAAGUAAAACUACAAAUCUAGUUAAUAAAGAGAAUACAAAGUAAAACUACAAAUCAAGUUAGUGUAGAGAAUACAAAGUAAAACUACAAAUUUAGUUAAUGUAAAGAAUACAAAGUAAAACUACAAAUCUAGUUAAUGUUUUAGAGAACACAAAGUAAAACUACAAAUUUAGUUAAUAAGGAGAAUACAAAGUAAAACUACAAAUCUAGUUAAUAUAGAGAAAACAAAGUAAAACUACAAAUCUAGUUAGUGUAGAAAAUACAAAGUAAAACUACAAAUCUAGCUAAUAUGUAGAAUACAAAUUAAAACUACAAAUCUAGAUAAUAUAGAGAAUACAAAUUAAAACUACAAAUCUAGUUAAUGUAGAAAAUACGAAGUAAAACUACAAAUCUAGUUAAUAUAGAGAAUACAAAGUAAAACUACAAAUCUAGUUAAUACAGAGAAUACGAAGUAAAACUACAAAUCUAGUUAAUAUAGAGAAUGUAAAGUAAAACUAUAAAUCUAGUUAAUGUAGAAAAUACAAAGUGAGAAAAACUAAAAAGUUAGAUGAGGAUAAACAGCAAAGAACCAUGUAUUUUGUAACUUUAUGUUAAGCUUUUAUCUCAUGUUGAAUAAUAAAAUGAAUAUAAAGAUAUGACCCAAUCACCAAUCAUGAAUUUCAAUCUCAUGCUGGGAUUAUUCCUGCUCAAGAUUCAGAGUACUACUCAGAAAAGUACAGAGCUAAUCCAGCAUUCAGAUUCAUCCAAAUUAAAUUUUGGAAACUCGUCGGUUUUCUUGGAAUCAAAUCAAAAACAUAUCAGAUCAGUGGAAUUUACGAAAAACAAUAGUGAUAAUAACCCAAAACUGAAGGACACUAGUUUAGAGUUUGAAAUGAUUCAAAUCAAUGACAAUUACACUCUAGACAUCCGUAACCCUAAUGAAGUAGCUGAUACUGAAAAUUCAACCAAAGAUGAAAACAAGUUGUUUGAAAUCCCAAGUCAUGAUUUAGAUUUAGAAUCAAUGAUAUCUAGAAAACUUGCUAAAAAAGACAACCUGACAACAGAGAUAACCGCUGAAAAUGAUUAUCAUACGAACAAUACACUUAUUUUGGAAUACGACAAUCAAAAAGAUCUUGUGAAAGAAAACAAAUUUAAUUCAGGAGAAACAGUAGGGGAUCUUGAUGAUGAAUUUCAUCUUAAACCUAAAGUUUCUUCUUCCACUGAGAGUAUAGUUCUGCAGAGUGAGGAGAUAAGAUUGGAAGAUUCAUUACGAAGUGAACUGAAAGAAACCCGUAUAGAAAGACCAAAUGAAUACCCUGAAGAGUUUAAUACAACAACGACUACUACUACAACAAUGGAACUUAUAUCCCCAUUAUACCACGAGGAUGAAAGUGUACACACAAAUAACCAAACCACACAUUUCCAAAUUCUCACGCGGAAAAAAAAGCGCCUUGAGCUUUUAGUAACAGGAGACUGUCUUGAUUUGGUGCCGAUUGUAAAUAGUUCAGAUACCGGGUACAAGGCAAUAAAAGACAAGAAUAUUCUGAUUCUUCCAGAAUACACAGUGCAAUCCAAAUCUACGGUCAGAUUACUUUGCUUCUCAAAACGUAAACAUGAAUGGGUCAGCUCAGCUGGGAUCUGGCAAACCAGGAGACUUAAGCAGGUUGAGGAGCCUGAGAUCCAUAAGAUGGUUGAGAUCCAGGAUACAGGGAUGGUUUCAUACCUGGAGCAGUUUAAAUUCAUCUCGGAGUGGAGACUUCCUCCCUUUAGAGAUAAUAUGGUUGGCUCUUAUUACUGUAAAACAAAACCAGGCUUAGAGGAGAGUGGAGUUUAUCUUUACUCCAACAUAUAUCAAGAUCAAGAAGAGGAUCAGGAUUCAAAACCUGGAUCAGAGCAAACCAGACCAGUACCAUCCAGGAAACUUCAGAUAUAUGGAAGAGAAGGAGUUCCCAUGCUUCUACCCUGUAAACCACAUAAUCCAGAAGUACAGGUUGUACUCAGUAAAGAAGGAGGGCGGCUGCCCCCUGAUAUUCAGUUUAACCCCCAGCACGGGUUCAGGUUUCACUAUCCAACAUAUUACGACCACUCUGGGAGCUACCUAUGCCAGUUCUACCAAGAGACUUAUAAUAUCAG